CAAGAUGGCGUCAUUCUUGUUUGUUGAUGUUUGCGAACUCUUGCGAAUUGCUGAGAAUAUUCUGGACAAUUGUUACUUUGCCAAUAAACGAAUCGUGAGGGGAGUUCAGUUUUUUGGUGAUUGUUAGAGACGAAUUAUAGCAACUCAAGAUGAAAGCUGCACCUCAUCAACGACUAGUGAUGGUUGGAGAUCGUGAUGGGCUCAAAGAGCUCUUGCGUAGACGAUUGGUGGAAUGUGGAUGGAGAGAUCAAGUGAAGAUCAUCUGCAAGGACUUGAUCAAAGAGAAUGGGCACGACAUAACUUAUGACCUUCUGCUAGCCACAGUCACCUCCACAGCACGAAGUCUAGUCCCUGAUUCAGUGAAGAAAGAACUGCUGCAGAAGAUCAAAAAUCAGCUGCUGGCCCAGGAGGAGAAGCUUAAGAUGUAAUUUACUCGAUCAUGUGUUACUUAUUUAACCUAUUAUGUACUACCAUUUAUUCCUCGAAUGAACACUAUUCUUCGUCUCGUUCAAUUGUGCUGUAUAAAGACGAUGUGUAAGACGAUGACUGACUGAUAAAUAAUUAUGCUUUUUUACGUACACAA